UUGAACAGAAUCAAUAAAUUGCAUUCUAAUCGUUCGGUAAAAACUCAAGAGCGCUAUCGUUUUGCUGAGCUUAUUUCUGCUUUUGGUGUUGAAAUGCCUGCUUGUGCUCAUUGUCGGGAGACGGGGGCUUUCUGUCGUUUCGCUGAAAACUCUUCUCGUUGUGGGAAGUAUGUUUCUCUGGAUCAAAGCUGUAAUACUGGUCGUUUUUCAGCCUCUGCUGCGGGGCGUUUGAUUCGCGAAAAGCGCAAGGUUUUGAGCGAGGAGGCUGAGGCGGAGUCAGCAAACGCUGCUGCCCUACAAGCCUUGUUAGCAUCGCAGGCUCGUCUUGAUCGUGCGCGGAAACAGCGAAAGCUGUUGGAGGAACGUGCUGCAGAAAUGAUUCGUCGUGGCUUCAAUUCCUUGGAGGGGUUCGCUGAUGAGGAGGAUCGC